AUGGAUCAUUCAAAUAAUCAACAAGAUGGGAAUGAUGAUGAUAUUCCCGUGCCAGAGUCAUGGGAUGACGACGAUGAUGCAACUCAACUAUACCUUCAACAACAGAUAGAUAGACGAAUGGCAUCAUUGAGUAUACAACAACAACAGAAUAACAAUGCUAAACAAUCAACAACAACAACGAUAACAACAACAAAUAUACAGACACCAGCAUCACAACAGGAACCUGAGGAACCUCUGAUACUUAUCAACUUUACAAAGUUCACUGAUGGUCAUGUCGUUUGGAAUAAGGUGGAGAACAAGCUGGAUGGAGGAAGAUUGUUUAAGAUGUUGGUGCAGAAGAUUAAGGAGUCACAGCAGUCGUUUGAGAUUGUGACGGACGACCUGUGGCAGCGCGGUUUGGCCUUUCACUCGACGACGCGCACGUGGACCGACGAUAUCCGCACGCUGGAGCGACUGCACAGUGGCGACUUCUUCUCGAUGAUCGCCUACCCCGUGGUUGCCGGCGGCUUCCUCGUCAGCGAGAUGUGGCGCAAGGUCAAGGAGCGCACCGAGUGGCGCAGCGUCAACUUCCUCAAGUGUAUAUAUCUGGCCAAGUGCAAUCGCAGUCUGAUGUACAAGCAUCGCAUGGCAUUGGCGCUCGAGUUCAUGGCGAUCGAACAAAAGGUGCUGGGGCGCACCGCGCAACGCAUGCUCGACGAGGAGGCUCUGGAACACGAGGCACAGGUCAAGGCAUAUGAACGAGCAUUAUUCCAGCGCCACGAGAAGGAGAUCACCAAACGAAUUAUCACAUCGCUGCAAAAGUCUAUUGGCAGCAAUGAAGGCAUCAACCUGAAUGACGACAGGGUAUUCAAUCCCCAGCAACAUUGGCUGGAUCAAGACAACGACAACGAGGAAGAGGAGGAAUAUGAUAACGACGACAAUGAGAACUACGACCAAGAGGAGGGAGAUUAUGAUGGCGAGGAGGGAGACUAUGAUGGAGACGACGAACAGGCCGCCCCUCAAGAGCAAGACAAGGACGUGAAUGUUGACGUGGACAAGGACAAGGACGUGGACAAGGACGACGAAGCUGAGGAUGAUCAAGACCAAGAUGAUGAAUAUUUGGAUGAAGCAGACAAUGAGGAUGAUGGCCCAUCAAUCAAAGUGACCCAUUCUGCACUAAAAUACAAAGACGACAAUGACAAUGAAGAAGACGAGGACAAUGACAACGACAAUGAGAAGGACAAUGAGAUUGAUAAGACACCACUUGAACCACCAAAGGCUAUAAUGAAUGUAUUGGAUCAGGUGAUGGCAAUGAUCUUUAGUUCAUUGACAAUAGUAGAUGAUGAACAGACACAUUUCAGAACACUGGAUCGUCUGCAACAAUCAGUUAGAGACAAUUGGAAAGAAGAGUUUGGAUGUCUACCGCCCACCUGUAUCUGGCGUGAUGACAUGUCCUAA